AUGAAAGUGGCUGGAUAUAAGGUUCAUGUAGAUACUAGUAGGACUAAUCGUUACUCUAGUCUCUACCAUGAUUGGUUUAUCAUCUCUGUAGGUUGUUUUACAUAUUUUCUGGUUGGUCUAUCACUUACUUUAGUUUAUGUAUUAUGUGAGAUGGAUUAUUUCAUGUUAUCUGGUUUAUUUCGUAUCCAGAGAUUCUUUUCAGAUGAUGCUUAUUAUUUUAGUAAACAGGUUGUUCUAAUGUAUGGUGUGAUUGGCUUCAUAUUUACACUUGUCAUUGGACCAAUUGGUAAGAUCUCAUGUAUAGUGUGGUCUUGGAUUCUGACACUAACAUAUCUUGUGUUUGGAACAUGCUCUUACUUGUUUGGAUUCACUCAGUAUGGUAAGUUGUUAAUUAUAUCCAUCAGCAUAAUAUCACUCAUAACACAUAUUCUGAUGUGUAACUUCAUAUUCUUCCUAUUUGAUCCAAUGACCAAUUCUACAAAACCAACUGAAACCAAGUCACCAGAUGAGAACUCUAAGAAAGAUGAGAAAGAUGAGAACUCUGAGAAAAGUAACGGAGAUUAUAACACUCAGAAAGCUAAUAGAGAUAGAACUAAGCACUUGAAUGCUAUUGGUCCAUAUGGAUCAUUAGUAUACUAUAGGGUAAUUAUGUUCCUGGUUGGAUUUUUUCUCGGAUCACCUAUCCUCUUAUUUGUGGUGAGGAUUAGUUUAUCUGUAGAUACAUUUUCUGAAAAGGAUCCUAUCAUGUCCUCAGUUGACAUGUGUAGAAUAAUGAUGCUCAUGUUCUCAAUAUCAGUUAUGGCCAGUAUAUUCCUUACACUUACAUUUUCAAAUGCAUCAGUAACUGAAUAUACAUUGAUGCCAUUUCGUAUGAUAUCUUUUAGAAGACUUAAGAAGACUAUGUUUAACUUCUUUGAUAUAGAGUUAUUGGUUGUAGCCUGGAUCAUCAAUCCUCUAAUCAUGACAUUAAUUCCAUACACUACUAGGAUCCAUUCCGAGUUCCAUAAAUUCACACUAUUUCAUAGACUAUUAUUCUCAUUGUUUCUUAUUUCCAUAAUGAUACUGAUGCACAGAGAUAUACUCUAUAGCUGUAUCAGGACCAUAAAAUUACUUAAUGCAUCAAUAUUCAACAUCUUAUAUACUGAUGGAUAUAUACAGAUCGAUGAUGAAGAUCUUAGGAAGACACCUGUAUCAACAACUCCAUAUUCUAACUACACACUUGGAUAUUAUGCUGAUUCAGUAUCUAUGGUUCCAAAUGAUAUAUCAGUUCCAUCAGAAGUAUCAUAUCCUUACUUUGAUAAUGGCUGGGAUCAUGUUGAGAAUGAGGAUAAAAAACUCUUGCUUAGGUCAUACCAGAUUCUUGUAUCACUUCGGAGACUAUCACACUAUAUUAAUACUGGAGCUGAUAUUGAUAUUCGUAACAUCUAUAAUGAUCCAGACAUAUCAUUGUGUAAACCACAAAUAGAUACAUCAGAUGAAUCUGAGACUAAUCCUAAUGAUCCAAUGAAAUCCACAGUAUACCUACUGAAUGAAUAUAAAAGUGAACUUAUGUCAAUGAUAGGUAAUUCAAUUGUUGGAUAUAGUAAUCACUACUCUUCUGUUAUAUCAAAUAUCAACUAUUACCUGUGCUAUUUAAGAUUGUCCAUUCUUUAUAAUAAAUUAUUUCUUUCGUUUUCCUUUUCUUCUUUUUGUUCUAUUAUAGUUUCUUGUUCUACUUCAAUUGUUAAUAAUUUAAAACUAAUUCUCUCAAUGAAUUAUAAUCUAUAUUAUAUUCAUCGUCUAUCAACUCAUUUACAUUUCGUCUAUAAUUUAAUUUCUAGUAUUCAGUAUAUUGAAUAUUUGAUGCAAAAUAUGAAAUUAUUCAUUUCUGUAAUAGAAAAUUUUACAUUAAUCGGAUCAUAUCUUAAUUAUUUAAAAUGUGUCAGAUGUUUAAUAUGUAAGCUACAAUCUUUCCAGUGUAAAUUGAAAAAAUUUGAAAAUUUAAAUUGUAUUAUAAAAAAUUUAGAAGCUUUUAUUAAAAUUUCAUGUUUUUUAAAUUGCAAAAGUUGUGAUAUUAAAAAGGUUCAGUGUUUUACUAAUGAGCUAAAAAAGGUUCAGUGUUUUAUAAUUAAGUUUAAAUGUAUAGAAUUCGAUGAAUAUAUAAAAUGUAUUGAUUGUUUGAUUCAAAAUCUUUGUUUUCUUUCAAAAAUAAACAUAAUUACCUUCAGCUUUAUAUUGGAAUGCUCUAAAAUUGUUAAGUAUAAUAUUUGUAUAUUAGAGUAUAUAAGGUGCAAUAUCUUGAACUUGCAGAAAAUUUAUGAAAAAAUUAAUUUGAUUCAAACUUUAAUGACAGUUAUAGCCAAUUUCCGAACUUAUUCCACUGUCCUAUUUUCUUUUGAAGAUGCUAAAUCAAUUGUAGAAAGCUUAAGAGAUAUUCACUGCACCAUCUCUUGUUUAGAACAGCUUUUGAUUAAAAUAACUUGUACAGAAAAUAUGGAUUCAUUUAUAUGUAAUCUAAAAAUGAUAGAAUGUAUUUUACAAAGAUUAAAAACUGUUUAUUGCAAAAUAGACAGUAUUCAAACAAGAAUACAAAAAAUUAAUAAAUGUUUGAAAGAUUCCAUUGAACUUAACACAGAAACUUUAAAGUGUUUAGAAUUACUAGUUCAUCAAUUAAUAUGUAUUGAGAAAUUAAUAAAAUAUUUUCAAGCUAUAGAGCACCUUGUUCAUAAUUUAAAUUAUUAUUUUUAUAUAAUCCAAAAUUUACAAUCUUUUCUAAAUACCAUAAUUAAACACGGAAUAUUAGAAUCUUCUUUAAAAAAUUCAGAAAAAAUCAAAUGCUUGAUUAAGCGAUUAGAGUGUCUUGAAAAUAUAAUAAAUGAUAAGAAAUUAAUUAACUCUAUUUCAUGUUGUCUGAAAUAUUAUAAACCUAUAGUAGCUUUAUUUAAUUUGAUUAAGUGCCAAAUUUCCAGAUCAAGUUAUAGCAUAGUAAAGAUCACAAUUUUAAGCCGAACUACUAGAAAUAAAUGUCAGAUUAUAAAGGCUAUCACCAUUAUAAUGAAGAAUUUAGUCUGCAUUAACACUGUUUUGCCUUGCUUAGAACAAAUUAAAUGUAUUUCAAAGUUAUUGGAAUCCAUAAAGGGUGUUAAACCCAAACUACUUGCUAUAAAUUGUUUUAUUACAAAUUUGACAAUAAUUGACACUUUGAUACAAAGCGUUAUGUCAACAAAAAAUAUAACAGUUUGUUUGGCAAUUAGUUAUGACCGAAAACUUAUUUUGGCAUGUACUAAUUCUAAUUUACAACAAAAUUUAAUAUUAAUAAAUUCUCUUCUUAGCCUCAAAGAGUAUAUUGUUAAAUUUCAAGAUUUAUCAUCUAUUAUUAACAGCAUAGUGUCAGGGAUAUCAAUUUUUAAUAAUAUAAAGUGUAUAGAAACAAUUAUAAGUCGUUUGGCAUUUGUCGAAUCGUAUACUAAUACACUAAAAUACUCUAAUAAAUAUAAUAUAAAAUACUUGAAGUUUUCAAUAGAAUCUGUAGGCAGACAGUUUUUACGUUGUUCUGCCUAUUCUACGUCCAUUGUUUUAUUCGAUUUGACUCAUGACAUAAUUGAGGAUGAUUCACAUACUUCAUUAUCUGAUCAAUCACUGAGACCUACAAUUAUUUUGCAGUCAGUAUCUAUAUUAUCCAAAAAUCUGAAUGACAUUAUAUGGACUUUGUUUUCACACAAUCAGCUGGAAGAAUUCAUAUUUGCUAUAUCAAAAUCUUACAAGCUAUUUGAAAUUCGUAAAGAAAUUUUUCAUAUACUAAAAUUUGCUGAUAAUUGUUGCUGUUUCUGUUGCCUUAAACCUAUAAAUCGUUCAUUCCCUUCCCGUCAAGACCUGAUUAAUAAAUCACAGCUAACUGGUUUGAAUCCUCAUACAUUGCUUUUAUAUGAUAUCACUGUAAGAGGUAAAUUAACACAUCAAUGUCUCUGUUUAGUAAUUAAGUAUAGAUUAAAACCAAGUCGUCUGAUAUCCACAUGUUAUUUUGUUGAUAUAUUAUUCGAUUUUUUUAACACUAGUAAAAGAAAGUUUGACAAAAAAACUUAUUUAUCAUCUCACACUAUCGAUAUGGCAAAGUUUAUUUAUUUAAUCAUUGCUGCCACUUACAAAAUUUUAAUUUUAUUACAACAAAGGUAUCUGUGCAAUUGUGACAAAACAUGUUGUACUUCUGAUAAAAGUAAUAGUUGCACUUGUUGCAAUGGUAUAAAAGUCCCAUGUUGCUCCUGUCUAAAACCUAAAGCUGACUGCAAAUGUUGCUGUAAAGAAAGGAAAAGUUGCCAACAAUCAUGCUGUAAACGAACAAACAAUAAUGGUACAUCAUGUGUUUGCUGUAGAUGUUGCUGUAUAUGCUUCUGCAGAUGUCCAGAUGAUCAGUACUAUGCCUACUUUAUAUCGAUGAUUCUUUUUAUAUCACAGCUCUUGGAAGAUGUUUUUACCUUUGACAAUGAGAAGAUUCGAAUGGCAACUCAGUAUUUAUCUAAUUUGAUAACUGACCUGAAUAUGAUGUAUUUAAACCCUCAUAAAUUAAGGCUAAACAAUUCAUCAACUAGUGGUAACCAAACUAAUAGUGUAACAUCUUUUAAUAUUGGAUAUGAAAUUAAAAUAUCAGAAAGUAGUAUAGAAUUAAAUUUAUGGCUAAGCAAAGUUUUGGGAACUUUUAAUAAAUAUUCCUUAAUUAUUAAAUCACUUGUAUUAAUAACAAUUACAGAAGUUAAAACCUCUAAAUUUACUUCAUUCUGUCAAAAAUGGUCCGAGUUAUCCUUUUCUCUCAUUAAAGAUAAGCAUGUUUCAUCUGAAACAAAAAAACACAUCACGAUUAUCACAACUCUUAUUUCAGAACAAUACAUGUUGACAAUAAAAAAUCAAGGAUCACCUACAGCUUUAAAAUGUUGUACAGAUAAGUGCAAAUGCAAGUGUUGUAAAAUAAUAUGUGUUUGUAUUAGGUUAUUUUCCAAUAAGUUAAAACUAAUAGCUUGCCAAUUAACAGAGACUGGAAUAUUAGACUUGAUGAAUUCAUCAUUUAACCAUGAGGAAUUAAAUCAGUUAGCAUCUGAUAAAAUAAAAAUGAUUAAUAAUAGUUCUGAAAGUUUGAUUAAAUCUAGUAAGAACUCUAGGAUCAGUGAUUCUACAAGUUCCAUGAUCUAUGGUAGUGAUUUUGAUCAUAUUAAUCCUAAAUAUUUUGGUUAUGAUGAUGUAUAUAGACCUCAUCCACAUUUUGGUUCAGGAUACUUUAAGUUUGUACUUAGCAGAGUAUUCAUUGUCAUUAUCUUAUUGUUCAUGUUCAUAUUCAUAAGGACUAGAUUUGAUAGAUUUGUCAAGCCUGAUAUCUUUGGUGCUUAUUUGAUCAAGGUAGAUUCUAACAUUAAUAGGUUUAGAGAAGUACUUCAUAAUAGACUAGGUCACAGCAUUAGGAACAUUGGUAGGAUCGGAAGCCUCGAUAGUUUAUUUGAUGAUAUGCCAGAUCCAAGUCAUCAUCUAGUAUUUGAAUAUCCAGAGUUAGCUGACAUUCAAGAUCUUAAGUCAUGGUCUGAGAGUGACUCAAUAUCUGACACAUUCACAGAUGCUAUCUAUGAUGAGCAGAGUAGGACUGUUCAGGAGUCUAGGAGGAGAAAGGUAGCUUUCUACAUAUUCAUAGUUGUCUUCUCACUUCUAUCAUCACUUUAUUUGAACUUUGUAGUUAGGGAUCUAUCAGUGAUGUUAAACUUAGAUCAUAAUACUUGGUCAUACUUCAUAAGUAUUACUAUUCUGAUGGGUAUGUUAAUAAGCCUAGUGGUUAAGUAUUGUGUUCAUCUCUAUGACUUUGUUUAUGUUCUAGAGAAGUAUAGUAAUAGGUUAACUAAGAUUGAGAGUUUUGUUGAUGAUAGUUUUGGUGGAAUCACUGGUAACCUAAGUUACACAUCCAAGUUCCUCAUUCUCUUUCAAUUACUAAGAUCAUUGAAGACUGAUAUUGUAUCACUAUUCAGUAUGAAUUAUCCGUACCAUAUACCAGCUCAAAGUCUGAUGAAGAAUAAGGUAUAUCCAUACAAGGAUAUGACAACUGAUAUGGAGAGAAUGAUGACAUGUGAGAAUAUAGAAUGUAUCAGGAAUAUGGUCCUAGAAAUUAUUGGAACACCAGAAUCCAUGGAUCUACAAAAUAUACUUGACUUUAUAUCAUAUGCAGCCAUAAGGAAUAGUUCUGAGUUUGAUAAGUAUCAUGGUUACUUUAGUGGCAAUGAACGUUAUUUAGCUUGGAGACUUGGUAAGCUACUAAGUCAUAACUUCUUCCUUCUAACUUAUGGAAGAUACUCAUGUAUUCUUGAGAUGGAUCAUAUUAUUAGGAAUCUACAGGUUCCCAUAACACAGUUCCAUAACUGUCAGAUGCUAUGGCAACUAUUUGGCAACUAUGAGUCUAACCUCAUCUCACUCAAAUGUUUGGGUGAAGAAUCAAUAGGUGUACCACUUACUGCGAUUCAGAGAGAUGUUCUAAGAAACAAGUUCAAUGAGGAGUAUGUUGGUGAAUUCACCAAAUACCAGGAGUUCAUAAUGAGGAACCUUCAUAUCAAUAUAGAUGAUGCUGAUGAUGAAGAAUGCAGUUGUUACUUUCCAUAUCCAGAAUUAAUCAAGUGUCCACUUGAUAGAGACAAGGUGGCUAGGCUCACAAGAGAGUAUUUUGGUGACAAUAGGAGACUCAGUCUAUCACUUCCUACAACCAACUGCAAUGUAACCAAACAGAUCUCAAAUCAAACCAAGUCUUCAAGUGUUUCAGUCACUAAGUUCUGUGAUCAUUGGUUAAAUAUGAGACUUGGCUAUUGUGAUACCGAGGAAUGUGAGAAGGCUGUAAGAUUUGCACACGAACUUGUAGUGUCAAAACUAUCCAGUGACUCAGAUGUAUUUGAGUCAAUUAAGGAAACUAUAGCUAGUUUGAAAUUGAAUAUUCUGAAUACAGAAGAAGUCUAUGAGACUCCAGAAGAUAUCCACGUACCUAUAAAAUCUUCAGAACAUAAAUCACUUAAGGAUUAUACUAAUAAACUUAAUGAACUAAGAUACAAGACUUCUGAUAACUAUCAGGAUACAGUUCUUGAUUAUCUAAACAGAUACAUGAUGGAGACCAUGACUAAUACUGAGAAGAUUAUGGUCCCAUUAGGUAUAUUCUUAUCCUGGUAUGGAAUACCAAUAUGUGAAGAGCAUAUAAGAAAUAUGGGUAAAUUUCAAUAUCUCAUAUGA